AUCAAAAAACACUUCUCCAUUUCUCAAACCUCACGGUCGUCUCCUUCUCCCUCUCUUUCUUUCUUUCAUGCUUAAAACCAACACCGCAACCGUAACCUAAAGCUAGUUGCUGCCACCAAUCUCUGCCGCCCAACUGUUGCUGCCGCCUACCACUUACUGUCGUACUACCGCUGCCUUUCCGCCACCUCACUGUUGCCGUGUCUUGCUGCCAACAAGGAGGAGUCUUACGAUCGUGGUCAAGUGUAAUCGUACCUAAGUUUCCCGUGAUCAAGUCUUAAUUUCAGGGGUGGAGUUGAUCGUGCCCAUGCUUGAGUUGGGAUUGGGAUCACCAGUUCCCAUUGAAGCACACUAAACAUCGUACUUCACGUUCUCCAUCGAAUACUUGUAUACCCCAUUGAAGCAGCUUUUGAGAUGAGCGCUAUAGGUAAAAUUGUUGCUACGAGACUUAAAAGUUCAGGACUGUUAAGAAGUCAACCUCUGAUCGCUGGAAAAUGGACUGAAGCUUAUGAUGCGCAUACCCGUGCUGUCAUUUCUAGAUGCAGUAUGAGCACUAAAGCUGAAAAUGUUGCUACGAGGCUUAAAAGUUCAGGGCUGUUAAGAAGUCAAGGUCUGAUUGCUGGAAAAUGGACUGAAGCUUAUGAUGGGAAGGUUAUCGAGGUGACCAAUCCUGCCACUGGUGAUGUUGUAGCAAAUGUUCCAUGCAUGGGUGGAAGGGAGACAAAUGAUGCAAUAUCUGCAGCUUAUGAAACAUUCAGUUCAUGGAGCAAAACCACAGCAGCUGAAAGGAGCAAAUGCCUACGGAAAUGGUAUGAUUUGCUGAUUGCUCAUAAGGAAGAGCUUGGACAACUCAUUACAUUAGAGCAAGGAAAACCCUUAAAAGAAGCAAUUGGUGAGGUUGCUUAUGGGGCUUCCUUUAUUGAAUUCUUUUCCGAGGAGGCAAAACGUGUAUAUGGUGAAAUCAUUCCUACUCCACUAUCUGAUCGCUGGUUGUUUGUUCUGAAACAGCCCGUUGGUGUUGUUGGAGUCAUAACUCCUUGGAAUUUCCCACUGGCAAUGAUUACCAGAAAGGUAGGUCCUGCUCUUGCUAGUGGUUGCACAGUAGUGAUUAAACCAUCAGAGCUUACUCCAUUGACAGCUUUAGCAGCAGCAGAGCUCUCCAUUCAGGCUGGGAUACCUCCGGGUGUAGUGAAUGUAGUCAUGGGAAACGCUAAAGAAAUCGGGGAUGCUUUACUGGCCAGCACACAGGUGAGAAAAAUCACAUUCACGGGUUCAACUGCUGUGGGAAAGAAAUUAAUGGCUGGUUCAGCCAAUACUGUAAAAAGGUUAUCCCUGGAACUUGGUGGCAAUGCACCCUGCAUAGUGUUUGAUGAUGCAGACUUGGAUGUGGCAGUGAAAGGAGCUCUAGGGACUAAGUUCCGUAAUAGUGGACAAACAUGUGUAUGUGCUAAUAGAAUCCUUGUUCAAGAAGGUAUUUAUGAUAAAUUUGCUAGUGCUUUUUCAAAUGCUGUCCAGAAACUUCAAGUAGGGGAUGGUUUUGUUGAUGGUGUUGCUCAGGGACCACUCAUUAAUGAAGCUGCCAUUCAGAAGGUUGAAAAAUUUGUUCAAGAUGCCAUCUCAAAGGGAGCCAAAGUUCUUCUUGGUGGUAGAAGACAUCAUCUUGGAAUGACCUUUUAUGAACCCACAGUAAUGGCAGACAUCAACAAUGAGAUGCUUAUAUCUAGGGAGGAAAUCUUUGGGCCUGUUGCUCCUAUUCUUCCCUUUAAAACGGAGGAAGAUGCUAUUCGCUUGGCAAAUGACACCAAUGCAGGAUUAGCUGCAUAUUUAUUCACAACAAAUAUUCAACGUUCUUGGCGUGUUAGUGAAGCCCUUGAAUAUGGAAUUGUUGGUGUUAAUGAGGGAUUAGUUUCCACGGAGGUGGCUCCAUUUGGGGGAUUUAAGCAGUCUGGUAUUGGACGAGAGGGUUCUAAGUAUGGCAUGGAUGAAUAUGUUGAAGUUAAAUACGUAUGUUUGGGUAACAUGCAUGGUUAACUUAAUUGGGACAAAUGCACCUAUCAUUAAUUGUUCACGUUGGUUAUUUAUAUAUUUGGGGAAUCGUGCAAUCUGGUUUGGAACGUACAAAAUGAGCAUCAGUAGAGUAACGUAGAUAUUUGUUGAGUAAUUGUCAUUUUCUGUUUCCUUUGAGUGACUUGUAUACUUUGGGGAUGAUUCUCAGGUGAUCAAAGAAAGUUUGAUCACCAUAAGCCAAAAGUAGGCCUGAUGACUCAUGGCCACAAAAAAAAAUGUCCUUUAUUUUCUUUUUAGCAAAAAAUCAUUUUCAUAAUUUUACAAAAUGUUAAAAACCUAAUUAAAAUUAGA